UGAACAUGCGGUCACGCUUCGAACCCUAAAAAGAAAAGAAAUAAAAAACCACCAACGAAGAUAUUUCCCACAGAACAAUCACCGAGUACCUUCGUAUUUAUAUUUCCCGAUACAGCAAUCAAACUCCCCCCGACGUUUCUCUGUUUCUUUUCUUCCGUUCCGUUCCCUUGUUUCCCCCUUAAUUUAAGAAGUUGUAAGAUCGAGAAAUUGAAACUAAGUUGGUUGUUAUGGCUGGUCAAAGAAAUGAUUACGGUAAAAGAUCUCAUUUUCAGCCUGAUUACGCUGGAAAUGGAGGAGGAGGUGUUAAGAGAAGAAAUGCUGGUGAGGAAAAUGAACAACAGCAUGGGAUUGGGCCUGAAGAUACCGUUUACCGUUAUUUAUGUCAUGUGAAAAGGAUUGGGAGUAUUAUAGGAAGAGGUGGUGAGAUUGUGAAACAGUUGAGGUUAGAUAGCAAGUCGAACAUUAGGAUUUGUGAAGCUCUGCCGGGUUGUGAGGAGAGGGUUGUUAUGAUUUAUAGUUCCAGUGAGGAAACGAAUCCAUUUGGUGAUGAGCUUGUUUCGCCUGCUCAGGAUGCUUUGUUUAGGGUACACGAUAGGGUUGUCGCGGAAGAGUUGCCUGCUGAUGAGGAUUUGGAGGAGCAGACACAUGUGGUUACUGUGAGAAUGCUUGUGGCAUCUGACCAGAUUGGUUGUGUUAUUGGGAAAGGUGGACAAGUGAUUCAAAGUAUAAGGAGCGAAACACAAGCUCAGAUUCGGGUUUUAAGUAAUGAGCAUUUACCCCCGUGUGCAUUGACUUCAGAUGAGCUUCUUCAGAUAAUUGGAGAGCCCUCAGUUGUGAGGAAGGCUCUUUAUCAGGUGGCAUCUCGCCUUCAUGAUAACCCUUCAAGAUCCCAGCACUUGCUUCUCUCCUCUCUAUCUAAUAUGAAUCCAUCAGGUGGGAUGUACAUGAAUGCCUCCCUUAUUGGUUCUUAUGGAAAUUAUUCUUCUAGAAGAGAUGAUGGUUCUGCAAGGGAGUUUUCUCUUCGUUUGGUAUGCCCGGUUGGAAAUAUUGGGGGUGUGAUUGGAAAAGGUGGUGGUAUUAUCAAACAGAUUAGACAGGAGUCUGGGGCAUCGAUUAAAGUUGAUAGCUCUGCUGCUGAAGGAGAUGAUUGCAUUAUAUUCAUAUCAACAAAAGAGUUCAUUGAAGACCCAUCCCCUACCAUCAAUGCUGCUUUGCGCUUGCAAUCACGAUGCAGUGAAAAAACAGAAAGAGAAUCAGGUGAUUCUGUAAUCACCACCCGUCUACUUGUUCCAAGUUCACAGGUUGGAUGCCUUAUCGGUAAAGGUGGGGCAAUAAUAUCUGGGAUGAGGAAUGCUACUAGGGCUAGUAUUCGCAUACUUUCUAAGGAAAACCUUCCCAAAGUUGCAUAUGAAGAUGAAGAAAUGGUGCAGAUUACUGGAGGUCUUGAUGUUGCUAGCAAUGCCUUUUCGCAAGUACUGUUGCGGCUGAGAGCCAAUAUAUUUGAAAGAGAAGGAGCAGCAGCAACGCUUUUGCCUGUUCUUCCCUACAUUCCCAUGUCAUUAGACAUUUCAGAUGGUCCUAAAUAUGGUAACAAAGAUGGUCAACCCCGUAAUCGUGGAUACUCUUCUUACUCAGGGGGAUACAGCCCUAGUGAUUUGACUGCAAGUGACAGUAAAGGAAAUUAUAGUGGUUCACUUAGUGGAGGUGAUAUAUAUGGAAAUCAUGGUGGUCGCAACUCCAGCCGGGGGUUGUCCAAUCUAAAUCAAGUUUCACAUAGGAAGCAUGGGUAUUAGUCCUGGGUUCUAGACUGCACAGAUAUGCAGAAUGAUAUCUUAAACCCGGCCAGCCAUCCCCUGCCAAGGAUUCUACUGCACCUUUCCCACUUGUUGCCUUUUCUCCCCUAUCUAAACAGUUGUCGUCACAAAUCUUGAAGCCAGACCUUUGUCCCUUUUGAUGAAGCCAACCUAGACCAGAAGACCAGACAAAUCGGGUUUGAGGAACUUAUGUUCCACUUUGGCUCGCCUUUAUGCCUGUUUUGGGUGACCAAGAAUAAGAUCAUUUGAUGAUGCAAAUCACCAUUCAAUCAUUUUUGGCCUGGAUUCAUGAUUUGCAGGCUCUGUAACACAUUUCUAAUAAUUUGCUUUCCAUGUAAAACCCUUACACUUGUAUCCUUGACUUUUGGCUAUUUGGCUGAUGAAGUGAUUUUUUAUGUUUUAUAA